CCCCAGGGCUGUUUCGUACGCCCAGAGCCGCUCCUGCGCUACCCAGCUAUGGGGAAGCUCGGGAUGUCGGAUGCAUGCUCAGAUUGUUCCUGAGCUCCUCCGACGUCUACUCAUGGAAAUAUGGACCUCAAACUGGCUCGCCUGAUAGACGAAGUCUUCCAUUUUAUGGCGGGACAUCUUGCAAGCACCACUCUGAAAUCUAGUACAACUAGCUUUCUCACUUUUCAUCGCGUACCUCAGACGAGUGUGACCAAACGGAGAUCGUUCAUCUCAGAAUGGGUUACGCUGAGAACAGAAUAGCCAUUCUCUUGGGGAGUAGUAUCGCAUUCGGAAUACUGUACAUCACUGGGGUCGUGAUCUACCGCCUGUGGUUCCAUCCAUUGGCAAAGUACCCAGGUCCUUUCCUCAAUCGGGUCUCUCAGAUUCCAGCCAUAUACGCAGUGAUCGUCGGUCGGUUGCCAAUGCACACGAAGACUAUCCAUGAUAAGUAUGGGCCCAUAGUACGACUGAGUCCAAACGAGCUAUCCUUCAAUACACCCGAAGCAUGGGAAGAUAUCUAUGGCCUGCGGCCGGGACGACCCAACUUAUCAAAAGAUCCAAUUCAUGUCGGUUCCGUUGAUCCCGUACCAGGUGUCUCGACCAUCUCGAUGGCCGACAACGAAACGCAUGCGCGCCAACGCCGGGCUCUUUCUCAUGGUUUCUCUCAACAAGCUCUUUGGGGACAGGAAGAGAUCGUCCAAUCCUUUGUCACGAAACUCUUAGAUAACGUCGAAGCCUUUGCCCAGGAGAAGAAGAGCUUCAAUAUUGUCGACUGGUUCAACUUUAUGACCUUCGACGUCAUUGGUGAUCUUGCUUUCGGUGAAUCCUUUGGAUGUCUCGAUAAGGGAGACUUCCAUUUCUGGAUUACCUUGAUCUUCCGCGCUGUGCAAGCAGGGGCAGUGGAGACCGCGACACGACGGGUUGCGACACCUGGAUCUCCUCUCCAGCAAUACCUCAUGAAGUGGAUCCCCAACGAGAUGCGCAAGCAACGCAAAGAUCACUUAGCCUACAGCAGAGAAAAGGUGCUCAAGCGUCUUGCGGAUACAAAGACGGACAGGAAAGAUUUUGUGCAUUAUAUUGUGCGCCAGAGCAAGAAGAUUGACCUGUCGCAAGAUGAGAUUAUCGUAAACGGCGCGCUGUUCAUUGUAGCGGGCAGCGAGACUACAGCCAUGACUCUGUCCGCGACUGUGAACUUCAUGAUGGCGCAUCCAGCCAAAUUUGCUAAGCUGAGGGAGGAGAUUCGCAGCACAUACGCACGCGAAGAGGAGAUCACGGUGGACAAAGCAACGAACCUUCAGUACCUGAACGCGUGCGUCGAAGAGACACUGCGUCUACUGCCCCCUGCACCGAUUGGUUUCCUACGAUCUGUACCCCAGGGAGGCGAUACAAUAGACGGGCAGUACCUGCCAGGAGGGACGACCGUAUCUGUGAGCACCUGGUGUGCAGCUCACAGUCCAGACAAUUUCCAAAACCCGGAUGAGUUCAUACCAGAGCGAUGGUACGAUCCGAAAUACGCUAACGACAAGAGGCUGGCUAGUCGACCGUUUUCUAUGGGGCCCCGAGGGUGUAUUGGCAAGAACCUUGCAUACAUGGAAUUGCGCCUUGCUUUGAGCCGACUCUUCUGGAGGUACAACGUAGAGAGCGUCGACGGGGCGCCAGACUGGACGACGGAGGGCCAGAUGAAAAACAUGAAGGCCUAUUCGACUUGGGUGAAGCCAGAGCUGAAUGUCAGAGUGCUUCCAGCUGUGCAAUGAACAGAGGUGCGGU